AUGAGCGGCAUACACGGCAAGCUUCAGCAAACUGAACAGUCAAAUCGACAAAAUACUAGAAAUUUUCAACAUGUCCAAACCAAUUUUUUUAAACCCGAAUUUUAUAGUGGCGAACCAGACGAAUGUGUCAACGAAUUUAUUGAAAAUUAUAAUUUGAUAUCUGUGGCUAAUGAGUGGUCUGAUGAUAAAAAAAUAAUGUAUGUCCCAAUAUAUCUCAAAAAAAGCGCAAAGGCAUUCUAUCAAAAUUAUAUCAUAAAUAAUCCUACACCAACAUGGAGUCAUUUUGAACUAGCACUCAAGGAAUAUUUCAUUUCAGCGGGGAGGACCAGAAUGCUUAAAGCAAAAUUAACAAACAGAAAAUUAAAAUUAACCGAAACAGUUUCACAAUUUCUAGCGGAUUUCCAAUUAUUAGCCCAUAAAGUUAACCCUAAAAUGACGGACACGGAAAAAAUUGAUUUAAUAUUGGAAGCACUCCCACCCGAUUUUUAUAACCCAGUCGCAUUAAUGAAUAAUAAUACACACUCGGACUUACAAAAAAAUUUGCGUAAGGUAGAAUCAGCAAAAGCAACGGUAAAUGAACGAAAUAACACUCAUAAUUUUGAUGCUCUUAAAGCAGAAAUAGAAUCUUUAAAUCAAAAACUGGUAGAACAAAAUGCUUUUGUUGCUAAUCAAUUAUCAUAUAAUAAUAAUGGCUAUACAAAUAAUAAUCGCAAUAAUUUUAAAAGAUAUAAUUAUAAUAACAAUAAUAACAAUAAAUAUCAGAAUUAUAAUACAAAUAGAGAAAGAAACUUUAACGACUCAAAUAAUUUUAAGAAUAAUAAAUUUGAUAGAAAUAAUUAUUACCAGUCAAAUGAAAACGUUAAUGGUAAACAACAUUUUAAUAACAGGCAGUUCACGGGUAAUCAAAAUCGUAACACAGGUUUUAAAAAUAAUAAUAAUUUUCAACAACCACAUACCAUGAAUAAUGUUAAUAAAAGUAAAUUUUAUAAUUCACUACACCAAAGUUAUGAUAAUAAAAAGUUUAAUUGUUCAAAUCAGCAUUAUAAGCCAGAUAAUAAUAUGAAUAAUCAUAAUCAAUCAAAUCACUUACCCGAAAACACCAACCAAGGCCCUUACUCGGGUCAAAAUAAUGAUUCAUCGAAUAAAAAAACAUUUAAUAAUCAAAAAAACAUGUAA